AUGCCCGAUGAUGAUGAACAAAACCACCGACGGCAAUUCUCCGCCCCUCUUCAGGCCGUCCGCUCAUCGUCUCGAGCCCCCAGCUUUGCCAGCAUCGCCGGCUCCUAUCCCGGUUCCGGCAACUCCUUCUUCACUCACGUCAACGACAGCCGUGGUACGGUUCAUCACCUUGCUGUCAAGGAUGACGACAACGACAACACUCUUUCUUUUCACGCCGAUGACGAGUUAAGCGAUGAUGACGACCAGCACAACCAGUACCAGCGGGUACGGGCGGACACUGCUGCCGCUGCUGCUGCUAACAAGGCAGAAGACGACAAGCUCACACAGGACAGCAAAGAUGUGCUUGUGGAACGGUUGACGGAUUUAAUUCACCAUUUGCAGGAGGCCAAGGAACCGACGGUUACGAACCAUGGUGUUCUUAGCGAUGUCAGUAUCAGCGAAUUGCACGCCAAGGUGAAUGAGAUGGAAGCUGUCCUCACCGGGAAGGGAACAGGGACCAGACUUAGGGGUAUUGACAGUGGUGAUGGUCCUGCGGGUGCUGCGGGUGUUACUGGUGGUUUGAGGGUGAUGAAACGGCCUGUUGGGCCAUCAGCGAGGAGAUCAAGACGUUCACAGGCUCCUUCUCCAAGACCAGAGGAAAGUGGAGGUGAAAGCGAGAGCGGUGGAGAGGAAGAUGAGGCUCAUUCGCCUCUAAAUGACAUGCCUGCCUUUGAGUCGUCAGAGGCUGCUGCUGCUGCUGCUGCCCCAGGUUGGAUAGCUAAGAACUUUUCGGGAUCAGAGCCUUCACCGCCUGAGUCACGGGCGCACUCACCGUCGCCGUCAUCAAAAGCUCACUUGAAGCUGGCGGAGGCUGCUGAGAUUACACCUUCUGUUGGCGCUGGUAUUGCAUCAGUGUCUGUUGCUGCAGUGGAAGUGGAGGCACAAAAGCGACGGGGUGCUGAAACAGAGCGCAUCGCGGCCGAAUCUGAGAAGCUAGCUGCUCAGCUGGAGGCAGUCCUGAAAAGCCUGGAGACGAGGAGAGAGGAAUCAAAUCACGUUCACGCCCUUCUAGUAGAAAGAGCCGAAGCGGCCGCCUCUCGCAUCCUCGAACUAGAGAAGGAAGUCCUCGAUCUAGAAGACGAAAUCUCCUACCAAGAAUCCGAACUCAAGCACCUCCGUCUCGAACUCCGCGCCAUCGAGACCCUCGUCAACGAAUUCCUCCCGCCCGUCGAGGCCGCUGAUCCAGAACUGGUCCGGAGCAUCGAGAACUGGAAGGCUGAUUGGAAGAGAUUGAGAGAUCAAAUGUUAUCCAAAAGCCGCCGCACGAGUAAGAGCAAGAGCGAGAUUAACCAUCAUCACCGACAACACGAGACGGACCCUGAGGGACAGGAUAAAAGGCCGAGAGAUGAGAAGAAGAAGAAGGAUACGAAGCAUGAGCAUGAGCAUGAGCUCCACAAGGAGAAGGAGGAGGUCAAGGCCUAUGAAACGCAUGAGCUAUCAGUUGUCGAGGAAGUCACGGAGGAGUCGUUGAGGCAAGGCCAUCAUUAUCAUUAUCAUCCUCAUCAUCAUCAUCAUCAGCAGCAGCGGCAGCCUGAGACCAACGGUCGAGCUGUUCUUGGUAGUGGUGUUGACGGACUAGAAGAAGAAGAAGGCAGCACAGGAGAAAGUGUCAUGAACUCACAUGGUCCACCAGCUCAUGCAGCACGGGUAUCAAGGACUGGGGCUUAG